AUGCGUGGGACUUUCAUUCUUUCUCUGCUUUCCGCAGCGCUGGGCGCCGCUGCUAGUCUGACCACUUCCAACCUUCAAACCCACGUCGAUGUGCUGGCACUCGACAGCGCCUUUAAUCCCGUCAAGGAGGCCUACUGGACUGGCUAUCCUCACCACCGCCGCACUCCUUUCGCGGUGUCUCCUAAUGGAAAGUCUGCGUACAUUGCGUAUUUGGAUUCUAGCGAGACCGAUGUUCAUGUUCAGCAAUUGGACCCCACGACCUUUGAGGCUACGGGAACUACAGUUACCGUCACUGGCGGAAAGGAAGCCGGAGGUCUCAUCGCUCACAACGAUGGCUUUGCUCUUCUGACCAACGAAGCCAUGCCUUCGGGAACCACCAAUGCACCACCCAGCGACACCCCCGUUGCGGUCUUGUACCGCUACACAGAUGGCAAGCAGACCUGGAAGACCUGGCUCGGAGGACCGGGAGUGCACGCCUCCGACGGGCUCUCUGCCUCCCCGGACAUGAACGGAGACCUUGUUUACUCCGAAAGCGAAGGUCUCUAUGGCGCAUACUUCGUAGUCACAGAUUACACUGGCGAUGCCACCGGUCACUAUGGUGACAGCAUCCAAUAUGUCACUAAGACCGGAGAGCUUGACACCAUUGCCGGCGCAUCAAGCUCCUGGGGAUGCAGUCAUAAUACCGGUAUUGCGUUCGAGGCUGCAGAGCAGCCUCCAUUCGCCAGUAUCUGCGCCGAAGAUCAGGGAGCUAUCUGGCUGAACACCAAGGGACAAGGCAUGGGAAACGGCGGAGUCAAGAUCUCAAACGAGAAUACAACCAACGGUGCCUCUGGUGAGCCCAUGGGUGGUAUGUCGGGUAGCUACAGCGCGCUGGCUCGCUUUGCAGACACCACCAAGUACAUCUUCGCCUGGGUAUCCCGAGGUGCCAUUGACGUAAGCCAAAGCACCUGGAUGGGCGAUGGCUAUACUCACGUUCAAAACCGCACCAACGGCCGAAACGUUGCCAUCUCCCUGUUCACGGACAAGUACACCAAGGUUGGCGCUCAGGCAACCUCGGUGGUCGGUACCGAGGAUGGAGAUAGCCAGGUCAACUGGGUGACCCAAGGAUCGAAUGACUGCUCUAACGCCCACGCUGCAACCUUUGGCACCAGCUCGGCCCUGGUCACCUGGGAGGAGAUCUCGAACCCAACCUGCGACUUUAUUGCGAUGGGUUGUCGGGGACAGUUUGCGGGGACUUUCUUCCAGGAGGUGAGCUCGGACGGUAGCAAGGUUGGUGACGCUUUCAAGAGCCCUGAUGUCUAUGUUGCGGGUGACAUGGUCACCAUGUCGGAUGGUCGUAUUUGCUGGCCCUAUGUCAGUAUGGAGUGGGAUCUGUCGCAGGCAGUUGGGUACGGUACUACUUCUUCGACUACCAAGAAAAUGUCUUUCGCUUGCAUGAACACUGGAGAGACCGCCACUGCCGCUAAGACUCCUACUGCUGCUGAGACCACGGCUGCCGCGAAGAAUACCAACACUCCAGCUGUUGUUUCCGAGACUUCUGCUACCGCUAAGACUACUGCUGCGGCUGGCACCGAGCAGGCAGUGCAGCCUGCGAUCACCUUCGCCACCCAAGCCCGUCAGGCCUCGCCGUCCAGCACGGUCAUUAAUACCACUAGCAGUGUUGCGAGUGCCAUCGCCAUCCCAACCGGCAGCGCCGAAGAUACGCUAGACUUUCUCCAGGCCGUGUUCAGAUUCUUCGCGGGGAGCAACUGA